CGGUCCUCCCGUGGCCGGGUUGUCGCUGCGGUCGCCGGCUGCUGACGUGGGCCGGCCGGUGUGGGGCCGCGGGUGCGGGUCACCAUGGCGGUGGACAUCACCCUGCUGUUCCGGGCGAGCGUCAAGACCGUGAAGACGCGGAACAAGGCGUUGGGAGUGGCGGUGGGCGGCGGGCCCGAGGGCAGCCGCGACGAGCUGUUCCGUCGGAGCCCCCGGCCCAAGGGCGACUUCUCCAGCCGCGCCCGCGAAGUGAUUUCUCAUAUUGGCAAACUGAGAGAUUUUCUUCUGGAACACAGGAAAGAUUACAUUAAUGCUUACAGCCAUAUCAUGUCUGAAUAUGGGAGGAUGACAGAUGCAGAACGUGACCAGAUAGACCAGGAUGCUCAGAUAUUCAUGAGGACCUGUUCAGAAGCAAUCCAGCAACUCAGAACAGAAGCCCACAAGGAGAUACAUUCCCAGCAAGUGAAGGAGCACAGGACUGCUGUUCUGGAUUUCAUUCAAGAUUACUUAAAAAGUAUUUCAUCUUCCCUUAAAGGAGUGUGUAAACUUUACUCAGAACAGAGAGCCAUCCGAGUUAAACGAGUGGUGGAUAAGAAGAGAUUAUCUAAGCUGGAACCUGAGCCAAGUACAAAGACAAGAGAAUCCACAUCCUCUGAGAAAGUUUCACAGAAUCCUUCAAAAGACUCUGAAGAAACACUUGCCACUGAAGAGCAUCCAGAAAAGAUUUUGACCGAAGCACAGCCUGAAUUAGGAACCUGGGGAGAUGGCAAAGGUGAAGAUGAAUUAUCCCCAGAAGAAAUACAAAUGUUUGAACAAGAAAAUCAGCGGUUAAUUGGGGAAAUGAACAACUUAUUUGAUGAAGUAAGGCAAAUCGAAGGGAGAGUGGUUGAAAUCUCCAGACUCCAAGAGAUAUUCACGGAAAAGGUUUUGCAACAGGAAGCCGAGAUUGAUAGCAUUCACCAGUUAGUGGUAGGAGCAACUGAAAACAUCAAGGAGGGCAAUGAGGACAUACGAGAGGCCAUUAAAAACAACGCUGGUUUCCGAGUGUGGAUCCUCUUCUUCCUGGUGAUGUGCUCCUUCUCCCUCCUCUUCCUGGACUGGUACGACAGCUAGCUGCCACAAGGUCUGCGGCCUUGGCCAAGGCUUCCAGCUCCCAGAACAUCAGUAUCCCAACUUGUUCCUCAACCAGUGCUGCCUUCGAAGCCACCAGACUGUCGGGAAGGUCCCUCCUCACCCCACCCAGCCGGAACCCCGACUCUUGGGACAGGCAUCCCCAUCAUGUCUGGAGGUGGAGAAGGCUGGAAGAUGGACAUGUGGGCUCUGCAGCCAGGUGGGCCCCGGAUCCUGGCUCUGCCUCCCCAUCUGUGAAAUGGGUGACAAGGUCAGUACCAGCCUCCUGUGGACCAGGGCUCAGAUGAGCUCACACAGGCCAGGGCUUAGUACACGGUCUGGCACAUGACAGGGCUGCACGCUUCCUUCCUGCAACUGUUAGGUCAAUAUUUUAAUGUUGGGAAUUGAUUUUUUAUAGG